AUGAACGGGCACCAGCCUGGAGGAUUCAUCGCUGGUCGUAGUAGGGCUGAGACCUGUUCAGAGGUUUCGAAAGCAUGGCGUGAUCAGGAACGAACUAUGGUCGAGGCUUUUGACAGCCUUGCGCACUCGCCGCGACUUGUAUCGUUUGGCCCUCAUAAAUCCAAACAUUGCCUGGGUCUCCAACCUGUAUUCGCCUUAAUUGGUGGAAUCCCGAAAGCCAAAUCGCUUGAGCGUCUGAAUGGUGCGGCACAGAAAGCUGAAACACAUCACCCGCAAUCAUCGAGCUAUCUUCCCUCUUUCCACUCCACCAUGGAUAUGUUGCAUUCAUUGACGCACGCUGCAGUCGAGUACGAAGCCCUCCGGUGGCUGGAAUCCGAAUAUCCGCUCUCAGAUAUACCUGAUGGGUCUACUCCAGGUGCCCAGACACUUGUCGAUGUCUUGGAAGUCUAUCCUGAGAAGGCUGAGUGGAAGAAUGCAAUAGACGCUUCAGCUCUACCGGAUCUCUUUCCUCUUGACAAAUCAGAAAACCCUAUAGAAGUCAAGACACCGAAGCUGAGAGUGUUUUUCCUCGCAGAUGCCAGCUUUCUCUUGGAAAGGUCCGGAGACAACUUCCGCUUUGACCCGGAUAGUCCAACAGUUAGGUGGAUGCAGCAACGCUUUCGAGUCUCUCCACUGUUCUUCAAUUCAGCGGUUCUCGCAUUUUUACCUGGGCAAGAACAUGUCUGUUUUCUGCAUCGUGACCAGGCUGGAAAGGCAACUAGAUUAGAGGGCUUUUACCAAGUCAAGAAUCAUUACGAAUUUCGAAAACACGCUGUUUGGUUCUCUCAUAUGCUUGGACAAGAUGGCUCAUCAACCUAUAUCACCUGCAAUUUCCCUGAAGAGGCAAAGAGUGCAAUUGUAACUUGCUCGCAAAAAUGCGCCGCCGCGGCAGCUCUGUUUUUACGACCUCUUUCCAUUGAUUUAUUUUGGUCUCAGGGUGUCCUCAGGACUCUGGCUGGGGUACUUGGGGGAGUUGUGACCGGAUUGAUACAAGUGGAGGAGAACACCCAGUUGAAGCCUUCCAUCACCCCAGAUGCUGCUGCAGCUGCAAUUUCGGACUUACACCAUUCCUCUCGAGAGUUGCAUCUCCUUCGUGGACGUGUCGGUGACUUGCAAGUGAUUAUCCAGUUCCUGGCUACCAUGGCACAAAAAAUAUCUCAACACGCAUUGCCAUGUACGGCUGAGGAUGUACCGGUCAAAGGGGAGAUGGACUCGAUAAUUGAAUCUCUAGAUUAUCAGAAGUCCCAAACGGAGCAUCUCGGACGCCAAGAAGCUGUAUACCAUGGGCGUAUCACAACUCAAAUCGCCUUGUUUUACAAUUUGUCCAAUCAGCUGGACAGCCGGACCAACCUCGACAUCGCUCGGUUGACAUCCAAAAUAUCGAUCUCUACUCAACGCGACAGCUCGUCAAUGAUCACGAUUGCCAUCCUUACCAUGUUUUUCCUGCCUGGAACAUUCAUAUCGGCAUUCUUCAGCAUGGCUUUCGUCGACUCGACCCCCGAUGCACGCGGGCGUCCAAUUGUCAUUGUCGGUCCACAGGUUUGGAUAUACGCCGUCGUCACGAUCAUCCUCACCGUUCUGGUGUUCUGCAUUUGGGGAUUGUGGCACAACAGGCGCAUUGGCCAACAGGCGAAGGAGCUCGACAUCGAGAACCGUGCGGGCGGCAUUCAAGAACCGAACGACACGAACGCGGUGGCAGAAAGGCUCAGGGAAGUGACAAGGAAGUUGGGAGACCGGGUUAGAGAUCAUGUGGGACGUGUACAAGUUGGACUUCGUAAUAGGUGGGGAGCUCAAAAUGUCGACGCUGUUGCCACCGUCCCUCUUGUAGCAAUGGGACCUAGCGCUCAAGCUCGAGUCUAA